GUCCUUCGAACUUCCUUCUCGCACCGGCGACGCACUCGUGAGUUUUCCGCUCGCGUAUUUCGGUGUCGCGCAGUUUCCCGCCCGCAGGUUUUCCCGCACGCGAGUUUCGUCCGUGGAAAUUUCCACUCGGUGGUACUCACGACGACGUUGUCGUCGUUGUCGUCAUCGUCGUCAUCGUUGCAAAUCUCGUGUGUGUUCGCGACAACCAUCUCCGUAUGAUAAACAAUGUUUUAAAUAUAUUUUCCGCAUUGCGCUCGUGAAUUUUUCCGCUCUAAACUAAAAAUAACGUCGCUUCGAAAACACAUCGUUGUCAAAUAUUUUUACACGUUGAAUUUAUGCUGCUAACGAAUCUCUCCCCGUUGUGAGAAAAGUGCCUCAAUCCGUCAGCAAGAUAAAUCCAACGUGGUGAUUAGUGUUGUGAUGUUUCGCAUCUUGAGAUCGGGGAAGAGGAAUGAUCAACGUGGCUCGGGACGAUUGAGAGAUCUAAUGAAGGUGCGGUGCCUCGUGAAGAGAACGAACUGAGCAUGAUUGAUGACUACGGCAACUGUCUGGCCAGCUCGGGGAAGAAGGCAAGAUUGUCGGAGCGCCGGAAUAUCCGGUGUUGGAACCGCGUCGCGACCAAGCCAAACUCCGGAAAAGUUGACGGCUCCAAGAUGACCGCGAUUUAGAUGGAAAUAGCCGGGCGAGAGAUAUAUUCAACCGCGAAGUGCUUCGUCGAACCGGUAAAACGAGAAAGAGGAGACGGCCAGCAGGAGAUCUUGCCGUCGUGUUUCCGACUGUUUAGUGAAUUUCAGAAUGCAGUUAUUACGGCACGCAUCGUAGCGGCGCGCGUCUAGCGAAAUGCUGAAGGAAGUAGGCUGCGGGAACACGACGCCCCCGCCCGGGGACGGUGGUGGAACGAACAAUCGGCAGGUCGGCGCAAAUGAAGGCGGCGGCGGUGGCUGCGGCGCUGGUGGUGGUGGAGGUAGCGGGGGCGGUGGCGGCGGCGGCGGUAUCAGCGGUCCCGAGGGUGUUCUCGGCUGCGGUGGCUGCGGAAGAGAGAUCGUCGAACGUUGGUAUCUGAGGGCGGCCGAUCGCGCAUGGCACUGCGACUGUCUACGCUGCUGUCACUGCCGAGUCACGCUGUCUGGCGAGCUCACCUGCUUUGCCAGGGAAGGCAAUAUUUACUGCAAAGAAGAUUACUACAGAUUAUUCGCGGUGUCCCGAUGUUCCCGAUGUCGCGCCGGUAUCUCCGCGUCGGAGCUGGUGAUGCGGGCGCGCGAACUGGUGUAUCAUGUGGCGUGUUUCACUUGCGCGUCCUGCGGCACUCCGCUGAACAAAGGUGACCAUUUCGGCCAGCGGGACGGACUGGUGUACUGUAGACCACACUACGAGUUGCUGUGCUGCGGCGGUGAUUACGGGGGCGCUGCCGGCAACAUCGAGGACCUCGGCUCGCCGGGAGUGUCGCCGCUACCGGCUUACUACGAGCAGAGCCCGAUAGUCUCCUCCGGCACGGUGCAGAAGGGCCGACCCAGGAAGCGGAAGCUGUCAGAAGUCACCGGCUCCGAGCUUCCCGUCACGAUGAGACUUGCCGCCGGAGCGCUCGAACUGUUGCAUCCCACGGAGCUGUCCUCGUCAAUGGAGUCGCUGGCCGCGUACGACGGAUCCGUGGGUUCUCCGGGACCGAUGCAUCAGAGUCAGCGGACGAAACGCAUGCGCACCAGUUUCAAGCAUCAUCAAUUGCGCACCAUGAAGAAUUACUUUGCCAUCAAUCAGAAUCCGGACGCUAAGGACCUCAAGCAGCUCGCGCAGAAGACCGGCUUGUCGAAAAGGGUGCUGCAGGUGUGGUUCCAAAACGCGCGUGCAAAAUGGCGACGGAACAUGAUGCGGCAGGACGGCAACAACACCGGCGGGAGCGUCGGUUGCGCCGGUACACCGGUGUCCUCCAGCACCGGAAAUUCUCCAAACGUCGGGCCGGCCGCGAGCAUCCUCGGCGACAGCAACAGCAUGCCCUCCACUUCCAUGGAAGAACUGCAUGCCCUUCAUCAUUUGCAUUCCGGCGUUUCGUCUCAGGUCUCCUUCUCCGAUCUCUACUGACGACGGCUUGAAAUGGAGGAGGACGCGUACAGCAACCUCUCCAGCCAUCUUGGAUAAGAGGGAUCGACGCGCUUUCCCGCGAGGGAUCCGGGUUUAGGAUUCACGGCAAGUUGACGACCAUCCGUAUCCGUCGUCGUUUUCUAGAGAAAGUCUCACCGACGAACGCACGAGCGCUGUGAUUGUCGACACGUUGUGACAACAACGGUUGUCGUGCGCGCUUAAACAAAAAACAAUCUGAAGUACAUUCCACUACAUCUAGAGAGCGAUUCUCAGACGGGUCGGUUUUCAAAACAGUCAGUUUGAGAUCUCACGGCAUCCGAUGCAGUCCGAUUUGAAAAACGAUUGUCGAACAAUCGAGAAAGAGAAUUUUCCCGAGGGAUGUAUGUAAAAAAAAAAAAAAACAAACUACGAUGUUGUUCCGAAGACGAGAUCGAAUCAUCCAGAAAUAUUCGAUAACGCGUCCCACUGGACGGGAGAAGUGACUCAUCGGAGGGGUAUAUAUUUCCAAAGGACACAGCCUAGUUAGAUAGAGUCUAGCGGGUAAAAAGCUCGAGGACGCUCGAUUAUGUUAAGCAAACAGUGAUAAUAUUCAUAGUUCCAUGCACAUCCGAAUUACCAAAGAUUACUAGACGAGGAUAGUAAGAAUGUGUAACGUAGGGGUACGUAUACAAAGAGAGCGUUAUUAUUAUUUAAGUAAUUACGUCGUGUUUUAUUGAGAAUUUGCGUUUUCGCGUAUGCAAUUGUUUAGAACAACCUUAUAAAGUGUCGCCACAGAGGUCGGUGUUGCCGUAGAACUAAAACGGGAGAUUCGUCUGUGCGAACAAACACGUAACAACGCAAGCAAAAAGAAAAACAAAAAAACUUAGCAAAAAUUAAAACGUCUUAAUUUAUUUUCUAUUUUGCAAGCAGAAAAUUUUUGUAUAUAUUAUAGCUUCGCACUCGGAUGAAUAUAUACACUUUAAUGUAUUUGUUCUUAGAUGAUCGUCAUCGUAACAUAUCUCAUCAAUAUUAUUGUAGUGUACUUGUCGGCGAAUUAUCACAUCUGAGAAAUGAAUACAUUAAAACAUACGUACAUUUAUCGUAAUUUUCUCUCUCCUGCGUUGAAUAUAAAAAAAAAAAAAAAAAAACAGAGCCUUAGUUCCAUUAUCAAAUUGAGAAUCAAAACGGGGGUUUUUGAUGAUCGAAAUAAAGUUUUUUCAUCAAAAGAUAAUUGACGAAAUCUAUAGACCAGUGUCUGCGAUUUUUAUAUUAGCGUAAACGCGAAGUGGAAGUUCUUGAACACAGCGUUCCUCUGCUCGUGCCAAACCGUAGCUAAGAAAGAGAAUGUUUAACAAGCUGCUGGAAUUCAAAAAAGACGUAGCAAAAUAUUUUUGCAAACCAGAUUACGACGCGAACAACUUGAAGGGCGAGAGACUUAGUCUUGAUCAAGCCUUUGCGUUCUUGUGAUUUUCCUUCAAAUCAGUUUUGAAUUCGAGCAGUACGAGGCACACACUCACACACACACACAAAAGUGUUUUGACGCAAGUACAUGUGCACACAAAUGGUUGCGAAUAAAGAUUAAGUUUUCGCGAGUUGUUUGCGAAUACCUUAAUCAAGUUUAAGACAUACAUAACGUCAUAGAAGGAAUUAUUGUAGAUUUAAUAUUUUUUCAAUAUUGAAACGCAUUUGAAAAUUUAAAGUAUUCGGGAUUUAUAUUGGAGUUAAUCGCUGACGGUCUAUUUCCACAAAUACUAUCUAACAAGUACUGUCUUAUCUCGCUAAUCUUUCUCUAAUUUAAAUUCUUUAUUCCUUCUUUUCUCUCUCUCUCUCUCUCUCUCUCUCUCUCUCUCUUUCUCUCUCUUUCUCUUCCAUGUAUUGGUAAUAAUCGAAAAGCAUCGAUAAAUUUGUUUCCUUUAUCCCGAAACUCCUUUUCUAAAUAAAAUCAUUUGAAUAACAUUUUACGGGUACUUUUUACGAUGUAUAUUUUGUCACGUGAUGCUCAACAGAGAAAAUCGAUAGGCCGCACGUUUAGGUAUGUGUAACAUAGCGACGAUUAAAUGUACAUGUAAAGAGCGAAGCAAUUAUUUCUAACUCUAUAGACAAAUUAAUGUGCUACAUUCUAUUGCAAACUAUUAUCGCAUAAUAAAUAGUUAUGUACGUCUCGA